GCUCCGGCCAAAGCAGCCAAGAAGAAGGUCUCCAAACCGAGAAAGGCCGGUCCCAGCGUCAACGAGCUGCUCGUUAAAGCUGUGGCCGCAUCCAAGGAGCGGGGCGGCGUGUCUUUGGCCGCCCUCAAGAAGGCUCUAGCUGCCGGAGGAUACGAUGUGGAAAAGAACAAGGUCCGCGUCAAGACCGCCAUCAAGUCUCUGGUGGCGAAGGGCACUCUGGUGCAGACCAAGGGGACCGGGGCCUCCGGAUCCUUCAAGAUGAGCAAGAAGGCUGCUGCCCCUCCAAAAGCCAAGAAGCCCGUCAAGAAAGCCGCUGCUAAAGCCAAGAAGCCCGCAGCGGCCAAGAAGCCCGCAGCGGCCAAAAAGCCCAAAGCAGCU